UAUUAUUAAGUUAUUAAUUGUUUUAAUUAGUGUACUUAAGGAGGCUCAGGUACAGACGCCGUGUCCUCAGUCACGGUCGGAGGAAACCGUGUCACCACAGAGCUAAACCAACCUGUAGCUCAUAGCACGCUAUGCUAACGACCUGCAGACACUCUCACCACUUCCUCACUUCAUACUUUAGUUCCUCACAAACUGAAUUCUGCACAACUGUCAACCAAAAGUCAUUUAUUUCAACGUGAACCAUCCCUGAUGAUGAUGAUGAUGAUGAUGUCAUCAGGAUGUCUCAUCCCACUUCCUACUUCACUACAUUAAUCUGACACCUUUACUUUAUAACUUAAGACCUUAAAUCACAAAACAUCUAAACAGUUUAUAGAAUAUGAUGUUGAACCACUAAAGAUUUGAUUCCACGUCUGCAGGAGUGAAGCUGCUGUCGUAAUAUCAGACUGUAACUUGUAACAGAUUACUUUCCGUGUGGUAUCAGUACUUUUACUUCAGCUCUCAGGUUGUGUUCACAGUCAAACCAUCCUCACGUUAUGUGACUCACGUUGAACAGAAGCAGUGUGUUGGAGGCAAAUGAGGGAAAGUUUCCUGACUGAUGACUUCCUGCUGUGUCUCUGUGACCACAGCUUGUAUUACAUCCUGACUGCGGCUUCUCUCAGGAACACCUGCGAACGUCUGACGCCUCCAGCUCGACGGCGAGCUGCAGGAAACAUUCAGUGUUCGGAUGAGUUAGCUGCUACUGUUAUCUGCCGUUAUCAUGUGGAACAACGUUAGAGGAUGUUUAUGAUUUAUGAUUGUUUCUGCUGCUGUUCGUCUCAUCAGAACAGAAUAGAAGACAUGUAGAGGGAUGAACACAGUCAGGUCAGGUUCUGCUCUGGUUCUGGUCCAGCUCACGCUCACCUUCUCUGCUGAUGAACAUUUAUCUGACGUGUCACAGGAAGAAAUGUUCACAGCGUUUCCUGGAGGUACCGACAGGUGACCAAAUGAAACGCACCGGUAAAUUAAAUGCAGUGAAGCAGAAUUAAAUAAAUAAUAAUCAUGUUCACCAGUGGUGGAAAGAACUGAGUGCUACUUAAAUACAGUCAUCUUUAUACUUAGUUCGUGAGCUGUAGGUAAGCUGUGACUCCAUCUCCCAUGAUGCUUUGUUACUGAAUGUCUUUAUUGUGGCAGCAGAAUGAGCCCAGAUUAUUUUCUGUUUUCUUCUUGUAUCCACAGUUUGAAGUGGGACCAUUUUAACCUCUUGACUCCUGGUGUGUUACGUCUUUUCAGAAGUACAAAUACUUUGUUACUGUACAUUUGUACACAAAAAUAACACCCCUCCAAUCUGUUGACGCCUCUGAUAAUCAGAAAAGGGUUUAAAAGUGUUUCACUAUGAUGUUGAAUUUUGUUGCUUGGAGCUCAAAAACACCCGUAGAAAACUUUAUUGAACGUUCAGCAGUGAAACACUGAAGUUGCGGUUUGACUGCAGCCUGGAAACACGUUGAUUGAAAUGUUGCAGGACUCUGAUUGGUGCUCAAACAUGUGUGACAACAAUGAUUUUCAGGUUUCUGAAGGCGUUGACAGGGAAAGUUUCCUCUCCACAGGCUGCUGCUCUUCCUGUUUCCAGCCAGACGACCAGACCGCAAUCACAGCAGCUGAUAAGAGUCAGGCUUCCUCCAAACACGCGGUAGUGAGCACGACUUCACACCUUCAGCUCGUUUUAUGUUUCCUGAUCUGUUUUCUUUCAUCACCAGGUGAAGCAGCGACGCUCCUGAUGACGUCUCCUUCCUCCAACUUCAGCUCUGUUGGAGCUGAGCAGUGCAUCGUCAACAACCAGAUGGAACCGUUCACCGUCCUCUACAUCCUCAUCUUCAUCAUCGGGCUGCCUGGAAGCCUGCUGUCUGUGUGGACCUUCAUCCGCAGCCCCAGAGUGAAGCUCCAUCAGAGCAGCAGUGUGUACCUGCUCAACCUGCUGGCGGCCGACCUGCUGCUGCUGCUCGCUCUGCCCUUCAAGAUCCUGAAGGACAUCGGCGCGGCGCCCUGGAGCCUCAUGGUGUUCCACUGCCAGGCCAGCGCCGUCACCAUCUACAUCAGCCUCUACGCAUCCAUCGCCUUCCUCGCCUUCAUCAUCACAGACCGCUACCUGCAGGACUGCCACAUUCUGCGCUCUCUGCAGCUGCAGGAUGUCGGCUUCGCCCGGCUGCUGUCGGUGGUCAUCUGGCUGCUGCUGCUGCUCAUCAUGGUGCCCAACAUGGUUCUACCCAUACAGGAAGUACAGGAGCGGCAGCACCUCAGCUGUUCGUCUCUGAAGAAGGGCAUCAGCCUCCACUGGCACGCCCUCACCGUGUUCCUCAACACCGCUCUGUUCCUCAACGCCUCCGCCGCCGUGCUCAUCUCCAGCGGCCUCGCUCUCAAGAGACUCCUGAGGAGUCGCAACAACCCCAAACUGCAGAUGGACGCCAGGCGGGCGGUGAGGAGCGUGACGGCUGUGGCGUUGGCCUACAUCCUGAGCUUUGUGCCGUACCAUGUGGUCCGGACGCCGUACACGUUGGCUCAGACUAAAGUCAUCACAGACUGCGAGACGAAGAGGCAGCUGUUUCUGGGGAAGGAGUCGACGCUGCUGCUGAGCGUGCUGCACCUCUGCUUCGACCCACUGCUCUUCUUCUACCUGUACUCACCUUUCAGAUGGACGCUCCGCAGCAUGAUGCCCUGCAGCAGAGAGCCGGCGGGCGGCGUGUCAGAUGAGCCGGCUGCACAGGAAAAGAUGCAACCGACGACGUGUGAGAAUGAAGUCGGACCACAGAUGUCCUGUCUGUGAAGAACAGAUCAGGAAGAAAUGUUACAUCACUGCUGAGGUCUGACAUGUAGCCUAGCUUAGCACAAAGACUGGAAACAUAUGGAAACUGCUAGCCUGAAAGAUGCCUUUCAGCAGCUCCGGAUGUGAACAAUAAACAGUUUUAAUCCACAUUUUAAAAUGACUGAACUGAACAAAUAAACGCACCUAUUCAAUGUCAAGAUUCCUGAGAAGAAAUCUGAAAUAAUCAAAUAUAACUUUCACCAUUAAUUCACUGUUUAUUCAUCAUGUUAAUUAUAUAACAGCAUGUUUCAUGAUCUGGAGAGGAUGGAUCAUGUUUUAUAUGUAGAUAGAUAAAGAUGAACAGUCUUCCACUCACAAAAUAUAAGUAGUACAAGAAUAUAAUGACUAACAAGAAUAAUAUGAGCAGUAAAUACAGUGUGCAGUAUGUUAAUAUGCAGUAACAGUACAGAUAUACAGUAUAAAUAUACGCUGACAAAAUAUUAUGAUCAGUUCAGAAACACAUAUAAUGUUGUUAAAAAAAAAACAAAAAACAGUAAAAAGAGUUCAGUGUUGUUGUGUGUUUGAACCAGCAGGUGGCAGCAGAGAUUUGGACUGGAAGUUACAGAGUGCUGCUGUGAGUUCUGUUCUGGAGAACGACCCGGUAAUAAAGAAGGCAGACUAACAGUUCCCUUCACUAAAGGCCAAUCAGAUAUAGCUGACAUCGUCAGAUGAAGAUGAUCAAUGAGACAGUUUCAUUAAAACUGUUGGACUGUUCCUUUAAUCUAAUCUUUCCAUCCAGCUGUGGACGCCGCCUGACCUUCAUGAAAGCAUGCAAAACAUCCCAUAAUAACCUCUGCGAUAUAAUGAAGUCUCACUGCGGUCGAAUAAAACUAACUCCGGGUUUAUCUGCGAGAUCUUUUCUGCGUUUCUGGUCCGAGUCCUGCUGCAGGAACACAAACGGAUCAGAGAAUGUUCUGUAGAACCGCUUUAUUAGAUUAAACUGAACACAACAACAGCAUACAAACACAGAACACACACACAGAAACACACAGGAACCAGGAAACACAACAAUACACUGUAGAUGAUCGUCAGCGUGUCAGAAUGAACAGCAGCUAACAUCAGCUAACGGUCAGAAACUGAGCUGAGACCAGCUCGUUAGCUUUGUCACGCUAAAAGAUGACUUCUUUCUUUGUGUGCUGGUUUAAAGAGGAGACUCUCGGUCCGUCUCACGCUGCUCCCGGCCAGAAUAUUCAAAAAAUGUUCUGUGGGGAGUCGGAGACGGAUGAGGAGAACAGCUGGACGGAGCUUCGGUCACAAUUAGCCAAAAACUGAGCUGAACUCAUGGAGAUGCUGAUCGUUAGCAGUCACACAAACAUCAGAACCAUCAGUCACAUUCAGACAUUUUCACUGGAACUUCAUUCGUAAGAUAAUUUAGGACCGUCGGCUCUCAGGACCGUCAGUGUUCAGCAGCAGCUGCCACUUUAGGGAAGGUCAGCGCCUGAAACACAGCUCAGAGUCUCAGCUGGUCUCAGUGUUGAAGAGGAGAAUCUUUAAAUAUCAGGCAGGAGAUUCUUCGUCCAUACGUCAACGUUAGCAACAUGACUCAUGUCCUCACAGUCUGUGUUCACAGGAAACAGACUCUGGUGACAGUAGAAGUUCUGAUCCAGCUUGUUUCCUCCAGCACAGUAACAGAGUUCAGGCUCUGACAUGGACUCAGAGUAUCAGAGU